CGAGCAGCCGCCCGAGCGCCGCCGGGCCCGCGGGACUGCCUGGCCGCUUGUGCUGCCCCGAUGAUGUUACCGAGCCCCGUCACCUCCACACCCUUCUCUGUCAAAGACAUCCUCAACCUGGAGCAGCAGCAGGACCCGCACUAUGGGGCCCAGCUCCCGCACCACCUGGAGCACCACUUCCACCCCGCUGCCUGCCUGCUGGCGGCUGCCGAAGGCGCCCGCUUCUCCGACGGCGAGGAGGAAGAGGAGGAGGAAAAGCUCUCCUACCUGAGCCCCAUGGCAGCGCCCGGCAGCCAGGCGGACGCGCGGAUCUCCGCCGACAACUACGUUCACGCCGUGCUGCGCGGCUCCUGCGAGGCCCCCGGCCCGGGAGAAGAGCUGGACCCGGCGGUCCGAGACCCAAAGAGCUGCGUCCUGAAGAAGCCGCUAGAUGCAGCGGAGAAGGCGGAGGAGACGGAGAGGCCGAAACAGCGGAGCCGGAGGAAGCCGCGCGUACUCUUCUCCCAGGCGCAGGUCUUCGAGCUGGAGCGUCGGUUCAAGCAGCAGCGUUACCUGUCGGCGCCCGAGCGGGAGCACCUCGCCAGCAGCCUCAAGCUCACCUCCACGCAGGUGACGAUCUGGUUCCAGAACCGGCGGGGGGUGGAGCUGGGCGGCCCCGCGGCCCCGCCGCCGCCGCGCAGGGUGGCCGUGCCCGUGCUGGUCCGUGACGGCAAGCCGUGCCUCGGCGGGUCGCAGGGCUACAGCUCGGCGUACAACGGCCCCUACUCCUACAAUGGCUUCCCCGCCUACGGCUACGGCAACGCUGCCUCCUACAACCCCGGCUACGGCUGCACCUACCCGGCGGGCACCGGCGGCGCGUCCAUGCAAGCCGCCUGCAGCCCUGCGGCGGCCGCCAUCCCUCUGUCCCGAGCGGAGGACCAGGCAGGUAACGACCGCUGGCGUUACUAA